CGAAGUCCUACUGUUUGGACUUCUUACCAAACACUUCUUCACAUGCCAAGUCAUCUUGAGCGUGCCCCAAAGAAGGAACUGAAAAGCAUAUCCACCUCGCAGCGAGGUUUGUAUCACAUUCUCGAGCGCGAAGGUACCAUGUACUCCGCUCAUCCCCGCCGUUCCACAGGUGCCGGAGAAACGAGGAUCAUGCACGUGGAUCCCCAUAUGACCGUCUGCCAGCGUAAGCCUAAUCCUGCAAUAAGAAAAUAAAUAAAGGCGUCGACGACGUGAUACUGUACCAGUCUCGUGCCUCUGUCGGUCUGCCAGGCCUAAUUCCUCAUCCGACCUCAUCCCUGCGACCGAGACAAGUGCCAUCCACAGACAAUGCUGUACCUCUACUUCACAUUUGCUUUCUUCCUCUCCACGCCUGUUCUCGGGCAGAUGUUCACUUUUCUCGCCUAUGACGCCAUCUACGGCGAUGCCAGUUGUCCCCUCUCCAGUCUCGCCUGCUCUGACGGGUCCAACGGACUCGAAAGCAAAGGGUACGCCACCCUUAGCUCCUUCUCCAACUUCCCUUACCUCGGAGGCGCACCAACCAUCGCAAACUGGAACAACGCUAACUGUGGCAAAUGUUAUGCCAUCACGUAUGCAAAGAACACUAUCAAUGUCCUUGCACUGGAUGUGUCGAAGGAUGGGUUUACGGUGUCAACGCAGGCGAUGAACGUACUGACGAACGGGCAGGCAAACGCGUUAGGGAGAGUAGAGGUCACUGCCGUUGAGGUGCCCGCCAGUGAAUGUGGCUUGUGAGGAUGGGAGGUGACGGCGCAGUUAACCUUGCGAGCGGUAUGUUAGCAGGGAACAGCAGCACACGGAAUAAAAGACCUUGUCUGCAUUUCAUGGCAGUAUAUCGAGUUCUGGACAUGGACCAGUUGGUCUUCUUGUUAAAUCUUCACUUGGACAACUUGUACCAGGACGUUGUCGGUGCCUUUUAUUGGUACCGUAGACUUGAUUCCUAGUUUGUAUAACACCUAGGCGCUUGCUUCUACUUCUGAGAAGUAUAUUCAAUUCAGAUUCUCGUCGAUCGUUCGUACGCACGGUCCGCAGGUGGGUGUUGUCCCAAAUUCUCGUUCGAUUCGUUGCAAAGAUCGUCACGAAGAGAACGUUCGAACAUUAUGGUGGAUAUGAACUUGCCUUAAUAGAUCUUCAGCGCUUAGUCGAA